UUUUGUGCAAGAUGAGUGGAAUGAUGCGACUUCCAACGGUGCUUGCUCAGAACGCGCUAUCAGCGGUUCGAGGACUGUCUGUUGGGGCAUCGCAACGAAACUUGCAUUUCACCGUGGGACAGAACACUGCCAAAACGAACUCUGAUGCUAUUUCCAAAGAGUAUCCCGUUGUUGAUCAUACGUACGAUGCCGUGGUCGUUGGUGCUGGUGGAGCAGGCCUCCGUGCCGCAUUCGGAUUGGUUGCGGAAGGGUUCAAAACGGCAGUCAUAACGAAACUUUUUCCCACACGCUCCCAUACUGUGGCAGCUCAAGGCGGAAUCAAUGCUGCUUUGGGAAAUAUGGAAGAGGAUGACUGGAAGUGGCAUAUGUAUGAUACGGUUAAAGGCUCCGAUUGGUUAGGAGAUCAGGAUGCUAUUCACUACAUGACCCGCGAGGCACCAAAAGCCGUUAUUGAGCUGGAGAACUACGGAAUGCCCUUUUCCCGAACACCCGACGGUAAGAUAUAUCAGCGUGCAUUCGGUGGACAAAGUUUGAAAUUUGGUAAAGGAGGACAAGCUCAUCGUUGCUGUUGCGUUGCCGAUCGAACCGGACAUUCGUUGCUUCAUACUCUAUAUGGGCAAUCAUUAAGUUAUGAUUGUAACUAUUUCAUCGAGUACUUUGCCAUGGAUUUACUGAUGCAAAAUGGAGAGUGUGUUGGUGUGAUUGCGAUGAAUUUGGAGGACGGGAGCAUACAUCGCUUCAGAGCGAAAAAUACUGUAUUAGCCACAGGUGGUUAUGGCCGUGCAUACUUCUCAUGUACCUCGGCACAUACGUGCACCGGUGAUGGUACUGCCAUGGUUGCGCGGGCCGGAUUACCCUCGGAGGAUUUAGAGUUUGUACAGUUCCAUCCUACGGGCAUCUAUGGUGCCGGUUGUCUGAUUACGGAAGGUUGUCGUGGCGAAGGCGGUUAUCUGAUCAAUUCGCAGGGUGAGCGAUUUAUGGAACGGUAUGCUCCGGUUGCUAAAGAUCUUGCAUCACGUGAUGUUGUGUCACGGUCAAUGACGGUCGAAAUCCGAGAAGGUCGCGGCUGCGGGCCAGAGAAAGAUCACGUCUAUUUACAACUGCACCAUCUGCCUCCAGAGCAGCUGGCUCAGCGUUUGCCAGGUAUUUCGGAGACGGCUAUGAUUUUCGCAGGAGUGGAUGUGACACGUGAACCAAUUCCUGUUCUGCCAACUGUACACUACAAUAUGGGUGGAGUGCCCACGAACUACAAGGGACAAGUAUUAACAAGCGAAAAUGGCACAGAUCGCGUCGUUCCUGGACUAUACGCCUGCGGCGAAUCCGCUUGUUCUUCAGUUCAUGGUGCUAACCGUCUCGGUGCAAACUCUUUGCUCGAUUUAGUUGUUUUUGGUCGUGCUUGCGCUAAGACGAUCUCGCAAGAGAACCGCCCAGGAGAGAAGGUGCAGGAUCUUAAACCCGACGCAGGAGAGGCAUCAGUUGCCAAUUUGGAUUGGGUGCGCAAUGCAAAUGGGCAACUACCAACAUCAACAUUGCGCUUGAACAUGCAAAAAACGAUGCAAACACAUGCAGCCGUUUUUCGCGAGGAAAAAACACUGCAAGAAGGAGUUCGUAAAAUGGGGGACAUCUACAAAACCAUCAAAGAUGUAAAAGUGUCAGAUCGAUCUCUGGUGUGGAACUCAGAUUUAGUCGAAACGUUGGAGUUGCAGAAUUUACUCCUGAACGCGAACAUGACGAUCGUGGCAGCUGAAAACCGGAAAGAAUCUCGCGGAGCGCAUGCUCGUGAAGAUUACAAACAGCGCAUCGACGAAUAUGACUUCAGCAAACCGCUUGAUGGGCAGCAGAAGAAACCGAUUGAAGAACACUGGCGCAAGCACACGUUGACGUGGAUCGAUCCGGCCACUGGGAACGUCACUAUCGAUUACCGUCCGGUCAUUGACGAAACGCUAAGCGACGAAUGCGCAACCGUCCCGCCAGCGAUACGUUCUUACUAAACAAAAUAUGUUUUUUGCCGUGUAAUCUAUUUUUGAAGCAAUGCUGCCAAGGCGAAAACAUACGUUCUGCCCUAUGUCACCUACGCAUAUGCGCCUUUUCUUCGAAUAGUAAGAGACGUGUGCGCCGUUAGCCUGCUGUAAGGCUUUCAAAAGUAUUAUUGAAAAUUAACAUCGUAUCGAUCACACCAUCAAAGUUUAUUUAUUACAACAGGCGAUGAUAUGUAGAACUGUAUAAAACGGACGUACGAGCAAAAAUGGUAACGGAGUGAAUAGAUUGUGUGGGUGACAUUUUAAACGAAUCAUAGCCAUCAUGAAUGGAUUUGUUUUGGUCGAUUGAUACCGCACAAGUUUGUAUCUGAUUGCCACUGGCUUAAAUUUAUAUCUUUGCUAUGAGCCAGUGAUCGAUUUGCGGUAAUGCAAAUUAUGCGAAAAAGAAUAAAUAGCAGAUAAGAUGGGGAAGAUUCGAACGAUGGAGGAUCAAUAACAAAGAGAUAAAAAACGAACCAAAAAUUAAACGCUAAAAUGCAAGAUAGAAAAAGGUGUACUUCAUUAGAUGUAAACUUUAUUCGAAAUCAUAGUUUGAUGAAAUGUUUGUGAAAAUAAAGCAUAAGACGUACGCCUUUGAAGCAUGAAGUGAAAGAAGAGUUAGUGCGCUGAUGAAAAUUCAAGCAGGCUAUAACAGAUGAAGGAUUUUUCGGUGUAUUAGUUUUUUGUUUAUCACUACAUAGCUUCUAUUCGGAAAAAAAAAAUUAGUUUAGAUUUUGUUUGAUUCUUUAUUGGUGGUUUGUUAGGAAAAAUCCUGCAAUAUUUAUGUGACAAACGAAAACCCAGCUAAGAAAUAAAACACUUCACAUCGAUGAAAUCAUCUGAUCCUUUAAUUAUGAUUGUAUGUUUAUUUUUCUCCAUUCAUCUAAAAUUGCUUUACCUCAAUGUGCUUAGAAUGACUCGACAGGUUUUUUAAUUUAGUAUUUUCAUUAGCAUUUCCAAAACGUGUAAAUCAGUAAAAUGCAUGGUGUAAGUAUCUAAAAGUGCCUUUUUAAAUGUUGUGCUUUGAUCUAAACUUGUCUAAUCGUGAGAGUGGAACCACUAAUUUAAUUUUAUGUUCCUGAUGUUGCUUGAGCUUAAGGUAUGUUUUUUGCAGCCGGAAUAGAAUAAAAAAAAGCGCUUCGAACAAUGAGAGCACACUUAUUCCAAGACACAAACUGAACGCUCCACCUAAAUUCGCUAAAGUUUGAAUGUAAGAGAAUAGAAGAGUAUUAGUAAUUUUUAUAACUUUUGUUCAUUUAAUAAUACGUUUGGGAGAUUUUGGCCAAUUUAACUUACAAAGCAGCGAUAUCCACGAUACGACAACUAUUCUUCUAUUAGCAGCCACAACCUGGUUGCUCAUAAAAAUAUGAAAGAUGAAUUCAAAAUCAGUUAGAUUUGCUUCUUUGCUGGAAUUUUAACG